AUGAAAAAACUGGGGCCGCGUAUACGAGCCUGGUUGCUGCCUGCACGUGGUGGCCCUGCUUUACCACCACGUGCAGGUAGCAACCAGGCUCGUAUACGCUGCCGCAAUCAGGCGUUCGAGUGUGCGCAUUGGGAACGUACGAGCUAUAUAACCUGCACUGUUAUAUGGCGAAAGAUUCCCAUACAUACAUUGCAAAAAGGUGCUGUCGUCCAGCAAAUCGCCAAAGCCCAUAACCUCAAAGGUCAACUGCCUGAAAGGAAUAUGGAAUCUUUGGCAACAACCAUUGGUUUCGUCACGCUGAACUGCCGAACACUAUCCAGGGAACUCCAACAAGUCGCUCUAUCCGGACUUCUGCAAUAUCUCUGUGUGCCUUUUUCUGCACUGCCGGAAACACGCAUGAGAGAUCGGCCCGUCAUCAGCAUCGUAAAUUACACCAUAUACUGCGGCGAUGCUGAUGAGAACAAAAUAGGUGCCUGCGCGAUAGCUGUGAGGAACGAUUACAAGAAUCUGGUGGAGGAAUUUGGCUCAACGUCGUCUAGAUAA